GAUGUGCACAGCGCGGUCUCGCGCCUGCUGGGCCUGACCAAGCAGCUGCAGGAGGUGCUCCAGCUCUGGGGCAGCCGCCAGGCGACCGAGGAGCAAUGUAGCGACGCGUUUGUCCUCGUCGUUUCCCAGUUCAACACAACCGUGAACGUCUUCUGGCGGCAUGGCGUCGACAUGAGCGACCUGUUCCACGUUAUCGACGACCUGCGCGAGGUGCUCGAGAACAUGCUCGGCGAAGACGCGUCGCAGCAGACGCUCGUGCUCUACAUGCCGCACGUGCGCCAAGUGCUCUACACCCUUCUUACCGGCCUGCGCAGCAAGCAGGGCCCGUACUGGGACGCGGUGCAUGGC